CGGAGAGUCAGUGCAGAGAGCGAGAGGCACACACGUACACACACUGGACGUUUGUGCGUUGGAGAUGUCCGAUAUUUCACUAAACUUUGCUAUCACUUCAUUGCAUUUGGGAGUUUAGUAAAAAACAAAACGGAAAGGAAACCUAGCGUGCUGCCGUCUGUUUUUUUCGACAGUUAUCCGAACAUCACCGGAGGGGAUCGCCGCGCUUCACGUUUCAGCCUCCACGCACACACACUCCGUAAGGACAUCCCGUUCACUCCGGUCGUCAUGUCCUCCGCCGAUGCCGCGGAGCAGAGCCGGCGGGUCAGCGUGCUGUGUUGGGAUCAGGUGCAGCGGUUGGACGCCAUCCUCGGGGAGAGCGUCCCGAUCCACGGCCGAGGAAACUUCCCCACGCUGUCGGUGCAGCCGCGGCAGAUCGUGCAGGUGGUCCGGGCUCGACUGGAGGAACGGGGCGUGGCGGUGACCGACGUGAAGCUCAACGGCUCCGCGGCGAGCCACGUGCUCCACCAGGACAACGGCCUCGGCUACAAGGACCUGGACCUGAUCUUUGGCCUGCGUCUGCCCGACGACAAAACCUUCCGCGUGGUGAAGGACGUGGUUCUGGGCUGCCUGGUGGACUUCCUGCCCGAAGGCGUGUGCCGGGAGCGGAUCAGCGCCGUCGCCCUGAAGGAGGCGUACGUGCAGAAGCUGGUGAAGGUCUGCAAAGAGACGGACCGCUGGAGCCUCAUCUCGCUGUCCAACAACACCGGCAAGAACGUGGAGCUGAAGUUCGUGGACUCCCUGCGGCGGCCCUUCGAGUUCAGCGUCGACUCCUUCCAGAUCACGCUGGACUCGCUGCUGCUCUUCGACCGCUGCUCGGAGCGGCCCAUGUCCGAGAGCUUCCACCCGACGGUGCAGGGCGAGAGCAUGUACGGGGACUUCGAGGAGGCCCUGGGCCACCUGCGCACCCGGACGAUCGCCACCCGCAACCCGGAGGAGAUCCGCGGCGGCGGGCUCCUCAAGUACUGCCACCUGCUGGUGCGCGGCUUCCGGCCGUCGUCCGAGACGCAGAUGAAGCGGAUGCAGCGCUACAUGUGCUCGCGCUUCUUCAUCGACUUCCCCGACAUCAACGUGCAGCACCGCAAGCUGGAGGCGUACCUGCAGAACCACUUCGCGGGCAUGGAGCACAAGCGCUACGAGUUCCUGGUGACGCUGCGGCGGGUGGUGGACGAGAGCACCGUGUGCCUGAUGGGCCACGAGCGCCGGCAGACGCUGGCGCUCAUCUCCGCCCUGGCGCUGCGCGUCAUGGCCGAGCAUAACGCCAUCCCCGCGCUGGCCAACGUCACCUGCUACUACCAGCCCGCCGCCUACGUCCGAGACGUCAACUUCAGCAACUACUACGUGGCGCAAGUUCAGUCCCACCUGGCGACGUGGAACGCUUAUCAGACGUGGCUGCCUUGCAGUUGAGCGGCGGCUUCUCGGCCGCGAGGAGCGCUUUCCGAUAUAUGUGUAACUUCUCGUUUCUGAAAGCCGAGCGUUCCUUCGAGCGCUCGAUGCUUCUGUAGCAAUGUGGCUUUUUUUUGGGGGUUUGGGGCCGAUCGUGAACAAAAAGGAAUUAAUGUCUUUUUUUGUUGUUGUUGCCAAAUCUUAUAUCAAAACCAGUCCACUAAGUUAUAUUGAUUUAAUACUGCUGUUGAAAAAAAAGAAAAAGAAAAAAAAAUGUAUUUGAGCCAUUAUAACUUUUUUUUUAUUCCGUUGUAAUUUCAUAACUAAUGUGGACAUGUAUGGAACAAAUAUGAAGGGUUGAUAUGUGACGGAGGAACUUUGAUAGGUCUGUUUCUUGUCUGAUGGUAGACUUUCAUUGGGUCUUUAAAUUAAAUGUAAAUACUUUGUGCGAAACCAGUUUUUUGUUCUAUCUGUGGUUUCAAGUGACGAGUUUAGGGAAAAAAGGACCCAAGAAAAACACUUUGUUGUGUAGCAUGACGAACAAAGACUGUGUGGUCCCAAGUGCCUGAAACUGACCCAACUGUCUUUUAUAUCAUUUCCUCCGUAAUAAUAAUUGUUUUUGGAGUUAUCUUGUUUUGUAUUAUCCUGGUUACUUUACAUUUUUAUAUCCAGGGUCAGGGUAUUUGUUUUUUGAAAUCAUUAAAAAAAAUCUAUUAAAAUUGAA